CUUCUUGCUCCUUAAGAAAAAAAACAAAAGCCUCGAAAAAUGGAAACUGUAUUUAAAUAACCGCCUAAAAGCACCUAGCACCUCGGCGCUCGACUACCUGGCAGAUUAGACUAUCUGGCAAGCUCGACUACCUGGCAAGCUCGAAUACCUAGCAAGCUCGACUACCUUGAAACCUCUCCCUUCAUCUCUGUGCGUUCAACCACUAUGUUCGCCCGAAUUCAACAGUUCUUUGCUUCCUGGAACGCGUCCUCCCCAGAUGCCGUAACUCCUCACUAUAUUCCUUCUUUUGAACCGGGCCUCUUUACUAUAUGCAUAAAUGGUGCUCCGGUAGCCACGUAUUCAAACAAAGAUUAUGACUUCUCCUACUUCUCCGCCGGCUGUGACCCUCUCCAUCUCGAGAUUUCGGGCCUUUCCCCUAUCGAUGAAGCACUCGUCUCUCCGUUGAAACUCAACAUCAUACCAACGAUCGCGGAUGGCAAAGUCUCAGCCACUCUGCCAGGGCCGGGAUACUACAUCAUCAAGAUCGGCGCUUCCCGCCAGCUCGUCAUCCUCGCCGACUCUCACCAUCAGUCACCGGCAUCAGGCGGUACGGGGAUCUGGAAUGUUCAAGACCACGGUGCCGCGUCCAACGGCACCUCGAUUUCCGACACCACCGCCGCAUUCCAGUCAUGUCUUGACGCCGCGUCCGAUUCCUCCGACCCCAACGCCCUCGUAUUUGUCCCUCCGGGUCUCUACGCAGUCGGAAACAUCGUGCUGAAAUCCAACUCGUCAUUUUACCUCUCUCCCGGCGCAAUACUUCGAUUCAGUCCCGAGGAAAAAGACCAGUAUAAAAUACAUUGGUACAAGAACUCGCAAGGACGGCGGCCGAUAACAUGGUGGAUCUCGACCGCCUUUGGGUCCCGCAACAUCCGGGUGUUCGGCCACGGAGUUCUCGACGGCAACGGUGUUGCCGCAGCCGCGGCCGGUAUCGGGAACAACCUCCUCGUUCCCAUCCAAACCGAAAAUUUCUCAUGCGAGGGAAUCCUAUUCCUGAACUCCGCGUCGUGGGCGUGCACGCCAAUCAUGGUCACCAACGGUACAUUCCAGGACUGCAAGUUUAUCAACCGAUUCACUGAGACGGGCGAGAAUGAUGGGAUUGAUGUGAUGCACUCGGAGAACAUUGUCGUCCGCCACGCGAUUGGAAUCGGCCUGGAUGAUCCGUUCUCGACAAAGACAUGGGGUAGGGAGAGCGAUAUCGCCGAAUCCUGGCCGCUCCCGGACGAUGGACUGCCGGGGCUGAGGGGCGUCACUUUCGACGAUACCCUGAGCUGGACUAUCUGCUUUGGUGUCAAGGUGGGCGCCGGGAUGUGGUCGCCGCACGAGGAUAUUGUCUUUCGGAAUGCGGUGGUCUACGAUACGAGUAUUGCCAUUGGGAUACAUUUCCAGUCCGGAUCCUCGCGUGUCAAGGGUGUCCUGUUUGAGGAUAUCGACGUGGAGAACGCCACAUGGACAAACAUGGAUAUCUCGACUUGGUGCGCUUUUAUGGUUACGGGAGGUGAUGCUGGCGAGGAGGAUUAUCCGAUUCAAGAUGUGGUGGUGAAGAAUGUGCGAGUACGGAUGGGUGGACGGAAGCAUGCAGUUUUGGCGGGGCAGCAGGGAAGGGUUAUUGAUCAGGUGGAGUUUAGGAACGUGGUCAUGCCAGGAAGCAUAGGGCAGGCGGACAGCUUGGAGGACAUGCAGUUUGAAGACGUGAUGUACGCCCAGAACAUCACCAUCUCAUAGCCUCAUUAUCUCAUACCCUCACGAGUACAAGUAACACGCUGUGGAGCAAAUUGUAUGGGUCACUUGCGAAAAAAGAGGCCUCAACAGGCAAAAGAAUGAAUGAUUCAGCCGGGAUUUGAACCCGGGUCGGGCGCAGAAUGCUAGGUGGCAAGCGCCCAUGAUACCCCUACACUACUGAGUCAUGUCUACAUAUGGUGUGGUACAUUUGUUAUAUCUAGUACCCACUCAGCACAGCAAGAUCUGAUUGA